UUGACCGGGGCAUUCAUUGGGAAUAUUUGUUGUGGGGUUAGGUUGGAGUGCAAAGGAGGAUUCCGCAAAGGCAAGGCUUGUUGGAGAUAUCCGUGCAGCUGUGCCUCCGUGUGUCCCGGGGAACUAGAGGAGGAGACAGGUCCAUACUGAGUUCCCAUCUUCAGAGGAUCCUCUGAGGAUCCGCAGCUUGCAGCUUGCGUGAGCCAAGGCUUGGAGCAGAAUGGCUAGAGAGCCACAGGCGAGCGCAGCCCUAAUCGGUCCAUCGGCAGAAGAGGGGGGUGGGCUUCUGGUGGUGACCGUGGAACAGGAAGAGGUCUCCUCCUUGGCAGAGGAGGCCAGUUGGCUGAGCUUCCCUGCAUCCGACCGCUCCCGCCAGCGCUUCCGCGCUUUCCGCUACCCAGAGGCUGCUGGACCCCGGCAGGCGCUGAGCCGGCUCCGAGAGCUCUGCAGACAGUGGCUGCGGCCAGAUAUGCACAGCAAAGAGCAGAUUCUGGAGCUGCUGGUGCUGGAGCAGUUCCUGACCAUCCUGCCAGGGGAGCUGCAGGCCUGGGUGCGCGAGCAGCACCCCGACAGCGGGGAGGAGGUGGUGGCACUGUUGGAGUACUUGGAGAGGCAGCUGGACGAGACGCCUCCACAGGUCUCAAAUGGUGAAUGGAGUCGAGAACGUCUCUGCUGCAAGGGGGCAUUGUUGAAGCCAUCCCAGAACUCACAAAGUAGCCACUCCCAGCCAAUGAAGAGUCCGCUCAAGCGUUCAUCUCAGGAAUCUUCAGAGUGUUCACCCUUACAAGCAAGAGGUGUGGAAAUGAAGACUGAAACCAGGGGCUUGCCUCCAGUUGAGGAGUACACAGAACAAAAGCCCGAGCAGCCAGUGAGCGUCCUGGCAGGAGACGCUGUUCAGAUUCCUGCAGGUGCAGAAGCCAGUGAACAGGAAGGCAAGUUACAGGCAACACAGACGAAUGCCGCAAAGAACAGGCGACACUAUUGCCAUGAAUGUGGGAAGAGUUUUGCUCAAAGUUCAGGCCUGACCAAACACAAGAGAAUCCACACUGGAGAGAAGCCCUAUGAGUGCGAAGACUGUGGGAAGACCUUCAUUGGGAGCUCCGCCCUUGUCAUUCAUCAGCGGGUUCACACUGGUGAGAAGCCAUACGAGUGUGAAGAAUGUGGCAAAGUCUUCAGUCACAGCUCAAACCUCAUCAAGCACCAGCGAACCCACACCGGGGAAAAGCCCUACCAGUGUGAUGACUGUGGGAAGACCUUCACCCAGAGCUGCAGCCUCCUUGAGCAUCACAAAAUCCACACAGGGGAGAAGCCGUUCCAGUGCAACUUGUGUGGCAAAGCCUUUAGGCGUAGCUCACAUCUCCUGAGACAUCAGAGGAUCCACGGGGAUAAAACUGCUCCCAGGUCUUUGCCUGGAGAGGUUUGGAAAGGUCAGAGUAAGGUGGAAAGCCAGCGGGAUGGUCCUGAAGCUCCCAUGAUUCACCAGUGCAAUGAGUGUGAGAGAAGCUUCAUUCAGAAUCGAAGUCUUAUUGAACAUAAAAAAAUCCACACUGGCGAGAAGCCCUACCAGUGUAACACAUGUGGAAAAGGCUUUACCCGAACUUCAUACCUUGUUCAACAUCAGAGAAGUCACGUGGGGAAAAAGAUUGCAUCACAGUGACCCUGCCAGAGUUGGUACUUGCUUGUCAGCGAGCUGAAGGCUCUCUGGAGCCCUUGCUGACUGCAGAAGGGACGAUGUUGCCAAUACACACCAGCUAGUGUUAGAUGGUAUACUCUGGCUGAGGUGAAUUAUCUUUUCUGUUCUAAAAGUAACUAGAAUAAGACCCGCUAAUAAGGAGAUAUGGGAGCGUUCUCUGGAUGAGGGGGCACUGGAGUCUCUUGUUCCCAAUCUGUGGAUCUACAAGGUCUUCCAGAACAGUUGCCCUUAGCUAGCACAUUUUUCUCCUGGAUGGACGGUUCCAGAUUUUGGGGGCAGACUCUUUGUACAAUUUGCUUGUCAACAUGACUCUUUGAUGUUUUGGU